UGAUACGUGUGAUUUGUCCGUUGGUGCGGCGCUUGUUGUGAUUGUGAGCGGCUCAUGUUCGCCUGGAUUCGGUUCGGAUGUGUUCGAUUCUGCGGGGCUGAUGUGGUCGCUGUAGCGGGUCGGUUAUGCUGCGGCGGGUUUGGGCACAGCUCCGGCAGUUGGCGGUACAGAUGGCGAGAAGACCUGAACUGUGCUGCGGCGUGAUACUGCUCAUCUGCGCUCUCAUCCUACCGAUAACUUACACCUGCGGGCGGGAGAAGAUUGUGGUGGCGGCCGCUCGGACUCCAGUGCGCUUCUUCCCCGUGGACGUCCCAGUGCUGGACUUGUUUCUGGGUCAGUUGGAUGAAGCGGAUCGGAUCAGAGAGGAUGCUGAUGUGUCUGUUGUCUUCUACUACGCCCCCUGGUGCGCUCACUCCAUCACUGCACGACAGCACGUCCAGCAGGUGGCGCUGCGACUCGCUGCUGAGGUGCAGUUUAUCGCAGUGAACUGUUGGUGGCAUCAGGGCAGAUGUAGAAAACACAAGAACUUCUUCCAGUAUCCACACAUACACCUGUACUUCAGGAGGUUUGGUCCGAUGGACUACAGUGGUCCUGUCACUUCGGAUUAUUUGGAGAGUUUCAUUCAGAGAGUCUCUCGCCCGCUCACGUACCUGCCCACCCGUGCAGCCCUGCACACCUUCCUCACACACCACCAGCAGGGUGUGGUGGGAUAUUUUCAGUUUAAUUCAUCUCCUCAGCCGAAUGGUUACGUCACCUUUCUGCUGUCCGCUCUGCACAUGCUCAGACGAGAUCAUCAGGGGGCGGUGCGGUUUGCAGUGGUGACCAAUCAGGCGGUGGCAGAGGGGGUUUCACUCAGGGAGGAUGAGAGUGUGUAUUUACACCGGCGGUUGAACGGCUCACUGGUUUUUCCACGAGCGCAACGGAACUUCACUGUACAGGCCGUCUGUGAUUGGGUGUAUGACAACAGAGAGAGUGUCAUCCAGUGGAUUCAGCCAAUGGGAACCAAGAGUUACUCACUAGAGGCGGAGCUAAAGAAAGGCCCCGCCCUUCUUACGUUCCUCCCACACUAUCCAAUCAGAGCCAAUCAGCUGCUGACUCAGGUGACAGACGUGGCGUUGCGUUAUCACUCUUGUUGCGGGUCAGAUGAGGGUGUGUCCACUGUCCCGCGCUGCUGUCAAUCACUGCUGAUGUCUGGAUCGAGUUCCGCGGUCACGAGCGGUAAAACUAACAUCUGUGAACUGUGUGUGAUCCGCUCCAGUUCUUCCUCAGAUCUGAUGUCAGCUGUUCUCCCUGUGUCUCACUGCUCUCUUCCGGAGCUGCAUACGGUUCUACAGCGGUAUUUAAAGCAGACGGUGUCGAGCGCGUCCUGCAGUCACGUCUGGAGCUCAUAUAGUCCUUACAGUCAGUACAGCGCCUGCUGCAGAACGCUACAGAACUCACAGCGGCGCCCCCUGCUGCCUGACGCCGUCACAGGACUGCACUGCCGCACCAAUAAGACACUGCGCUUUUACCUGCUCGACUCGCAACUCAACUGGCCGCUGGCGCAGAGACUCGGAGCGCAUGAUAACCGCAGUGCGCUGCCCUUCAUCACCAUCAUCAACCUCAGAGACGAGACGCACUAUGUGCUCAACAACACGGACUCACUGGAGCAGUUCAUUAAGAGCUUCAGUGUUCACUACAGUCCUCUACACAGACAUCUAGUGCAGCACAAACAACAACACCCACAAUCCCUCAUACAGGAAGUGACCACAGACAACUUCCUGGACACAGUCAUGGACUCACACAAGGACGUGCUGUUGUUGUAUUAUUCGAGCUGGUGUGGCUUCUGCUCUGCUCUCAAUCAUGUGUUUCUGCGACUGGCUCGUCUGUUCCAGGGAAACGGCGCCCUCACUGUGGCCAGAGUUAAUGCUGCUGUGAAUGAUCUGCCCUGGGAGUUUAUGGUCGAUCAUCUGCCAUCUGUACUGUUCUUCCCCCGACACAGGAAGCAGAUGAGCGUAAAGUUUCCAGAAAAUACCCCUGUGACGCUCCCCAACCUGCUGCGCUUCAUUCUGCAGCACUCUAGCCACACCCCUAGGGAGGAGACAGGCAGCGGGGUGGGGUCAAAGUCUCUGCUGGAGGCGGAGCUUCACACUCUGCAGCAGGAAGUCUUUUCUCUGCAGCGCGCUCGAGAGCGCCUCUCUCAGCAGCUGGCUGUCAUGUGGCGGGAAAACCGUCGUCUGAUGCUGCACACGCAUGUGCUGGAGAGGCAGAACUGCGAGCUGCAGGCGCAGAGCGACCGUCUGGAGACACUGUACAGGGAGAAAACUCAACAGCUCGCAGACACCGUUCACAGACUGCAGGAGCUCGCAGACGCAUCUGAAGAACUGCUGAAUGAAAACUCGCUCCUGAAAGUGCUGCUGAGCGCUCUGAGAGUGAGACAGGACACUGAGAGAGUGAGACAGGACACUGAGAGAGUGAGACAGGAGAGUGAGACAGGAGACUGAGAGAGUGAGACAGGAGACUGAGAGAGUGAGACUGAGAGAGUGAGACAGGAGACUGAGAGAGUGAGACUGAGAGAGUGAGACAGGAGACUGAGAGAGAGAGACAGGAGAGUGAGACAGGAGAGUGAGACAGGACACUGAGAGACUGAGACGGGACACUGAGAGACUGAGACGGGAGACUGAGACAGGACACUGAGAGAGUGAGACGGGACACUGAGAGAGUGAGACGGGACACUGAGAGAGUGAGACAGGACACUGAGAGACUGAGACUGGAGACUGAGAGAGUGAGACAGGACACUGAGAGAGUGAGACAGGACACUGAGAGAGUGAGACAGAGAGUGAGACAGGAGACUGAGAGAGUGAGACAGGAGACUGAGAGAGUGAGACAGGAGAGUGAGACAGGACACUGAGAGAGUGAGACAGGACACUGAGACGGGGAAACCACCUGACGACUAAUGAUUAUCAUGUUACAGAAUCUCAUGACACCUGUCGAGAACAUGUUCCAGUCAUGUUUGAACCCAAAACCUAAAGAAAAAUGUAAAAGUAUAUGAAUUAAAUAAAUUGAAGUCUAUUUCAGAACAUUAAAUAAAUGAUGUGCAUGCAUUACGGUAAUGAGAAUUGGGGGUAAAAUGUACACAAAUUGAAAAUAACAAUAAUUCUGUAAAUAUGAAUCGUCCUAAAACAGGUUUAAUUUUCUUUAUUAGAAAUGUAACUUCUUGUGUUUUUUCUUCAGGUGUUUGGGGGGAAAUUUGAUGAAUGUAAACAUGUUCCUCUCAUGAAGACAUGUGCUCAGCAAAUGAAGAAUAUCAGUGAAACACGGUUAAAACAUGAAGUAUGUCAUAAUCGCUCAUGAUCAAGUGUUGAUCGUGAGUGUUCAGGGAUUGAUUGUGUUGUUUAGAUCUUUAUGGGUUGAAAUUAAAUUCAUGGUCAUUUUGAUCCUCUGGCUCUGAUAUCAUUUAUAUUAUUAUGUAUUUUUUACAGCACAUGAAAUCAGAUUUACUUUACAGAACAUGUUAGAAUAAUAAUAAUGAGUUAUUUCUCUUCUGGAUGAUGCUGAAUAUAUGUUCUGCUGGUGCCGAUAU